CGACAUCGGAAGGGGAGGAAAGGCUCAGAGCGGAGCCAUGAGGACAUGAAGAUCGGAAAAUGCAAAGCCGAGUGUUAUGGACUCCGUGAUGAAGCUUCAGAGGGUACAGCUGAAAUGCAAGAAUCUUCACGAAUUCCUGCGGGGUCUUAGCCCGGGCAUCCUAGACAGACUGUACAAUCAUCCUGCCACCUGCCUAGCAGUCUUCCGCGAGCUGCCAGGACUGGCUAAGAACUAUGUCAUGCGAAUGCUCUUCCUGGAGCAGCCCCUCCCGCAAGCAGCUGUGGCUUCAUGGGUAAAGAAGGAAUACGUCAGGGAGCAGGACGAAAGCUCAGAUGUCUUGUUGGGGCUGCGGCUCUGGCACACGCAGUUGCUCCCAGGUGGUCUCCAAGGGAUCAUCUUGAACCCCAUCUUCAAGGAGAACUUGCGCAUUGCUUUGCUGGGAGGAGGCAAGGCCUGGUCUGAUGACACCAGCCAACUGGGCCCAGACAAGCACGCCCGAGAUGUCCCAUCUCUCGACAAGUAUGCUGAGGAGAGGUGGGAGGUCAUCUUGCACUUUAUGGUGGGCUCCCCAAGUGCGGCAGUGAGCCAGGACUUAGCCCAGCUGCUCAUUGAAGCUGGGCUGAUGAAGAGCAGUGAGCCCGGAGAACCGCCAUGCAUCACGUCUUCUGGCUUCCAGUUCCUGUUGCUGGACACCUCAUCUCAGCUCUGGUACUUCAUGCUGCAAUAUCUCCAGUCAGCUGAGACCCGGGGCAUGGAUCUGGUAGAGAUCCUUUCCUUCCUCUUUCAGCUCAGCUUCUCCACGCUCGGCAAGGAUUAUUCCGUGGAAGGGAUGAGUGACUCUCUGCUGAAUUUCCUUCAGCAUCUUCGGGAAUUCGGCCUGGUCUUUCAGAGGAAGAGGAAAUCCAGGCGUUACUACCCCACCCGCCUGGCCAUCAACCUUUCCUCUGGCAUCUCAGGCACCACAGUGGACACCCACAACCAGGGCUUCAUUGUUGUGGAGACUAACUACAGGAUCUAUGCAUACACAGACUCUGAGUUGCAGAUCGCCCUCAUUGCUCUCUUCUCAGAAAUGCUGUAUCGUUUCCCCAAUUUGGUGGUGGCUCAAGUCACCCGGGAGAGCGUGCAGCAGGCCAUCGCAAACGGCAUCACAGCAGAUCAGAUCAUUCACUUCCUGCGUACUAGAGCCCACUCCGUGAUGCUGAAACAGACCCCCGUGCUGCCCCCCACCAUCACAGAUCAGAUCCGCCUGUGGGAACUGGAACGAGACCGGCUGCGGUUCUCCGAGGGUGUUCUCUACAACCAGUUUCUGUCCCAAGUGGAUUUUGAGCUACUGCGUGACCAUGCCAGGGAACUCGGGGUGCUUGUUUUCGAAAACCCAGCCAGACGUCUCAUGGUGGUGACCCCCGCUGGCCACUCGGACGUCAAACGGUUCUGGAAGCGGCAGAAACACAGUUCCUGAGGGCAGUGACUAGACUCAGAACUUCUUUCUUCUCUCCCUUGAUACUACAUAGUAGUAGAGUGGGGUGUCAUAACUUUGGUUGAAUAAACCAUAGGAGAAUAUCCGCCAGAUUGUUUUGAGAAGAUGGCAUAACAGAGUUUGUCUGACUCCUGAUCAGCCAAGAAGAGGAGAACUGUUAGAGGAAGGAAAAACUUCAUCACCUGUCAACAUUCUUCCUGUGUGCCUAAAAUGUUCAGAUAGUGUGUAGGCAUUGUCCCCUACUCCUUACAGAACGUACAGCAGGGUGUGUGCAUGUGUGUGGGAGAGAAAUAGGAAGGUUACCUUAAAACAUGAAAGAAUGAACUUCCCGGGUUCUGUGUAUGUUUUGGACACCAUAUGCUGUGGAACUAGGUGCAAGAAGCACUGUUAUUUUCUUACCAGUUUUUAAUCAGUAACAAGGUCUGCAUAACCCACCCACCCCCAGCUCCAGAGAGAUGACUCCUUUUAGUGUGUGAUGUAAGAUUCAAGGGCCGACCUGGUUCUGCCUUGUUUCUUGUGUGAGAAUGUGCAUGAGAGAAUGACUAUAACGUCACAUGAAACUUUGCAAAUUUAGUAAGGGGGAAAAUAUCUGUUGAUUUUGUGCCUGUUAGGCAACUUGUACAGAGAAAGUUCUUACUACUCUUAUAUCCUUCUCAUACCUGUAUGUAGAGGGCAAAUCUCCCCUGGUGCAUAAGCACAGUUGGAAUCAACAGCCAAGGCUUACUAACAGGACUACAGGUUGACUGCACCAACCUUCUCAGCCUGUUUCCCAGGCUCCCAGUCCAGAGAUGGUGAGUGCUCAAGCACUGCCCCCUCUUGCUCUCCUCUCUUAAGCUACAGAAAAGUGAAGCGCUGCAAUGAAGCACACUGUCCUCCCUUCCUGAGAAGACAGAGGAGCUAGUGGUGUAAACAAGGAUAGUUAUUUUUUAGCCCCUUAGCUAAGAUGGAGCUGAAAGAGACUGAUGCCACUUCCAUGGCAAUCAAUUUGCAGCC